AUGGAAGAAAUGUUCGAAGAAUCACAACGACAUGUGAUCGAAGAAGAAGAUGCAAAUUAUUUCAAACAAAGAAAAGAAGAUUUGUCACCACAAUCAAAGAAAGGACAUGGAAUUGUUCUGUAUUCAUCAUUUAUGGAACAUCAAGAUGCACCACCAUUAAAUUCUUCUUCAACACCGACCAAGUCACCACACAAUUAUGAUGAGGAAGAAGAAUUUUCAUUCGCUUCUCCACCUCAAUUCCUUUCACCAAUACUUGGGAAUGGUGAAUUGGGAAAUCGAAGAGCUGAAAUUUAUUAUUCUCCCAAUUACAAAAUGACUCCAAAAGAAACAAAGGGUAAAAUGGAUGACCUUUUUCUUUCUCCCAUUCGAGGAACAGCUGCAAAUACGGUGGUACCUAACAGCCCAUUAAUGACACCUGACAGCAAAAUAUUUAAGAGUAUAAGUUCUUCAAAAAUUGAACCAACAUCGCCUCACGUCCAACCACCAACAGAAAAUAAGAGAAAAGUUUCAGUUGCCAAAAAGUUGGAUUUUCAGCAACAAGAUGAUUUUUCUUCUGCUGACAAUAUGCAGAAUACCUUUUUACCUAAAAAUUUAAACACAUCAAAAGCACACAUCGAUUCCAACAACAACAAUAAUCAAUGUAAAAAUACAUCUCAUCAAACCAGUUUAAUAUAUCCAACAACAAAUACUGCUUCAUCAUGUCACCAAGAAAAAUUCACUCCAAAAAAAGUAGUAUCGUUUCAGAUGGAAUCACAAACAUCUUCCAUAGAUCCAGGUGACAAUGAACCACCAAACAAUCCCCAAAUCUCUACUUUUACUUCAUUGUCACCAAUGUCUUCUUUGAAUGUCAGUAGCACCAAUUCAGCAAGGAAAAUUUUGACCUGUAGUGUUGCAACACAAACCAAUGUGGAUCAAAGCACACAAACAUCUCCUUCUACCAAGUGCUUUGAUGCUCAUUCAAUGGAUGUCGUGUGCCCAAAUUGCUCUCACAAAUUUGCGCUAAGUGACAUGGUUGAGUAUAACAUGAUAUCUUUCACAGAGACAUCACCACUAACUGUUCCAAAUAACCAUGUCACUAACUUCUCAUCUCGAUCAACACCUUACAGAACUAACGUUUCGAACACUAGUACAAAUUACACACCACCAUCUUCUUCUAGAUCCAUCUAUAAUUCACAACAAAUUUCCUAUAAUUCAUACUAUCAAACUCCAUCUUAUUCUAGGUAUUCUUUUCCCUCAACAGUGACAUCUAGGGUUUAUACAAAUUACCAUCAUGAAACUCACAUCUUUUCAGAAUAUAGAAAACCUCUUUCUCCUCUAAAUUAUGCCUUAGUGAAACAGAGAUACAAAACGCAAAUAUCUCAUUUUGACAAACACAUCACCAAUAGGAAUUCUUUUCAUUUAUCGUAA